AUUAAUGAAGAAAAAAAGAAAAGAGAUGCUGAUGAAUAUGAAGAGGGAUGCACUAAAGCAAAAUAUGUUAAAACUGAUGGCGUGGAAAAAAAAUGUACCGAUCACACCGAUUGCUAUGAUUCUCGUGAACCAGAAGAUUGGUGUAGAUUGAAAGAAAAUCAGUCGUGGACAGACAAAGGUUGUUUCUGUGAUUCGAAGAAGCAUAAGUGCAUAAUUGAAAGAAAGAAUAACGGCAAGAUGGAAUAUACAGACUGCAAGCUUGCGGAAGGAUGGAACUGUCCAUAA